AUGGGAAAGGCCUACCAGCGUGACAGAAAUCCGGAGUUCUUAGGUCUUGUUGGGUAUUAUAGGAGGUUUAUUAAGGUGUUCUCCAUCAUAGCAUCACCUCUGACUAAGCUGACCCACAAGGAAGUCAAGUUUGUUUGGUCGGAAGAGUGUGAAGCGAGCUUUCAAGAACCGAAGGAGAGACUCACUUCUGCUCCUGCGCUGGCCCUUCCAUCAGGGACAGAAGGGUUUGUGGCUAAUGUAGUAGCCGAUGCAUUGAUUAGGAAGGGAAAAAUAGUGAUGAAUGAUAUUGAGAUUAAGGAACAGGGAAGUAUAGUGGAAUUAAAGAAAUUGGGCUUGCAGCUAAAUGUAGGGCCUGAGGGAUCACUAUUAGCUCAGUUAAAGAUCCAAUUUGUGCCUCGAUACAAGGUCUUGGUGGCUCAACAGGUAGGGAAAAAAAAGGUAAAGGAUAUCAAGGAGAGUGUAAACCAGGGUAUAGAGAAAGCAUUCCAAAUGUUAUCUGGUGGGCUAAUAGCUAUGGGUAGGCGAAUUUAUUUGCCUGAUCAUAAGACUUUGAAGGAAGAAGUAUUGAGAGAAACUCAUGAAUCCCGAUUUGCUACUCAUCCUGGAAGUAUGAAGAUAAUGGAAAUGGGAGGAUAUUUCUAUGAUUUUGUGAUGGGAUUACCUAGGGGAAGGAAGGGGAAUGAUGCCAUAUGGGUGGUUGUAGAUCGACUGACAAAAUCUGUUUUGUUUUUUCCUAUGAAAAUGACUGAUUUGGUCGAUAAGCUAACAAAAUUAUAUGUAAAUGAAGUAAUCAAACUUUAUGGAGUGCCAGUGUUGAUUAUAUCGAAUCGGGAUCCAAGGUUCACGUCGAGAUUAUGGCCUAGCUUACAACGAACAUUGGGGACAAAGUUGAAUGUAAGCACAACAUUUCAUCCUUAG